AGCAGUUCACGCACAAACACGCACGGACACGCACAUCGAGCGCACGGGAUGCGUGCGAUCUAACGGACAACAGCCUCAAUACAACAGUGAAUCAGCAUCAUGACCAGGUCUCUGCGGGAAGAGCAGGGGUCAGUGGAGUCUGAGGAGCAGCAGGAGCUCUGCAGCCCCACAGAAGGAGAACCAGAGAGGGAAAUGGAGGAAGAUGAGGAGAAUCGUCUGGAGGAGGAAGAUGAUGAUGAUGAUGAUGACGAGGAAGAGGAGGAGGACGAGGAGGAUGGUGAGAACAAACCCAAGAGGCGAGGGCCUAAGAAGAAGAAGAUGACAAAGGCCCGAAUGCAGAGGUUUAAGGUCCGUCGGAUGAAAGCCAAUGCCCGGGAAAGGAAUCGAAUGCAUGGGCUGAACGACGCCCUAGAGAGUCUGCGUAAAGUUGUACCAUGUUACUCCAAAACCCAGAAACUAUCCAAGAUCGAGACGCUCCGUCUUGCCAAGAACUACAUCUGGGCUCUGAGUGAGAUCCUGCGCUCUGGCAAGGCUCCCGACCUCAUGAGCUUUGUCCAGGCACUCUGCAAAGGUCUAUCUCAGCCGACCACUAACCUGGUGGCAGGCUGCCUGCAGCUGAACCCUCGGACUUUCCUACCGGAGCAGACACCUGACAUGCCGACUCACCUUCCCCCAGCUGGUACUGCCUAUCCUGGACACUUCUCUUACCAGAGUCCCGGGCUGACGGCUGGCCUGCCCAGCCCGCCCUAUGGCACCAUGGAGCCCUCCCAUAUCUUCCACCAGGUCAAAGGUCAGCCAUACGGCACUAUGGAGCCUUUCUUCGAUGGGGUCCUGGUUUCUGACGCCCCAGCAUUUGAUCCGCCUCUCAGCCCACCACUGAGCAUCAACGGAAACUUCUCCUCGUCCUUCAAGCACGAGGUUGUCACAGCUGCCGACUAUGACAAGAGUUUCUCCUUCAGCGUGCACUAUGGUGGAGGAGGGGCUGGAGGACACACUGCCAUCUAUGGUGGUGGAGGGACCAAUCCUCGGUGUGGUGAACUACAAGUGGACGGGCUGAUGGGAUUUGAAGGACAAUCACACCAUGAGCGGCUGAUGAACGCUCAGUUGAACGCCAUCUUCCAUGACUCCUGAGGAUGAGGAGAAAGAAGGACAGAGAAACUGAUGUGGACCAAAACGGACAGACAGACCGUUGUAUAUCUUUCUAUCUGUCCCUCUUUCUUUUAUUCUUUGUGUCUGCAUCAGGUCUACAACUCCCUUUGGUCAUCAGCAUGGUGGUGAUGGCAAUACUAUCACCUUGUUAAUGUAAUCUUUGUCGCGUUUCUUACUGCUGAGAUGCUCUCUGAAUGUCUUGUUAUGAUCCUCAUUAUCAUUUAAAAAUGAUGAAUAAUUAAUAAGCAAUAAUCUGGAAGAAACUAUGCAAUUUUAUGAAAACCUGAGCUCUGAUCAGCUGAUGAUUCCAAAUGUUGAAAGAAUAAAGAUUUCUCUAUUUUUGGGUCAGUGUGUCAGUGAGACGAUGUGGGUCCGGUUUUUAAGCCAGGAGUGGGCCAGAGUCUUCAUGUUGUUCACAUGGUUUUUACUUUAUGCUUUUUAUAAUGUUCUUGUAGUGUUCUGUCAACAUUUCAUGUGACUGUUGUUCAUAUUUUAUAAGAUAGAUGUAUAUAAAAGCCUUUUAUUAAAAAGGAAUUCAUUGUGAUUCAUCCGAGACUGUUUAUCAGCAUCAACACAACAACGAGACAGGAAAGCACUUCAGUGUAGCCUGGAUUAAUGUGCCGGACCUUACAUGUUGGGAUACACUGACUGUUGCUUUAAAAUGUAAUGUAAUUCUUUAAAAAGAAAUAAAUAAAUAAACAUGGGUGGCAGUUUAUAGAUUUGAAAUCUCUUUCUAGUGAGUAAUAUAGCAAAUUCCUUUUUAACCAGACGGUAAAAAGAUUAUUUGAAGAUUCUAAAAAUACAAGACAGUGUCUUCACCUGUAAGGAAAAAAAACAAUGGCUGCCUCGCACAUGGCACAACUUCCAACCCAGUUUGGUCCAAAUAAGUUUACUAAAGUUAAGUAAAAAAAUGUCAACAAUGUAUUAAAAUGUCUUCAGUGUCAAAUUGUAGCCAAAGUAUGCUUUAGAAGUGGUUCAGUGCUAAAAAAAAAAAAAAAAAAGGCCAAUCAGCAAGAGAAUUCAGGUGACUGCAUCAUUGUUUUUAAAGGUCUCUGCUUCCGCCUGUGCAGAAUAAAUGUAGCUCUGGAGUUUUUCAAAUGAAAAUGGAGUUAGUAGCAGGUUCAGACCAGAAUGCCAGAAUGUAUGCAUUUUGAUAUGGAAACGGAAUAGUGUGGGUGUAGCCUACACCUCAGUGAGAACUGAGAUCUGAGUUUAGAUUGUUAUUACCGUGAAAAAUAAUCUCAAGACCUUGUGUUGUGGGUGGGAAAUAUUGACAGCUAGAUAUGUUUCACUAUUUUCUGAUAUUCUCUGAUAUUUUAUAGACUGCAUGUUGAUUUGAAAAAAGACUUGGCAGACAAACUGUCAAUGAAAAUCACCUGUAGUUACCCUGGCUUGUUGUGUAAAAAAAAGGCAAUCAAAAGAGAUUUUGACAAAAUGAUGCUAUUGCUCUCUCCUCUUUUUCUUCUUUUGCAUAAUAAAAGUCUUACAGUAUCUUCCA